UCUGUCAGGUAAUAACGCACCUUUUUUUACAGAUGCAACGGAUGCGUCAGGGAGACCAUGAAUUUUUCUAUAAGUUUUUCCGCAUGACGCCGCUGCUCUUCGACAAGCUCUUGACCUUUGUAGCAGACGACCUCAAACGGCAGCACCACAUACGAGAACCCCUGGAGCCUGGAGAACGACUUGCUAUAGCAUUGAGCUACUUGGCAUCCGGGCAGGACGUAAAAGAUGUUGCCCUGGCUUACCGUGUGGGGAUUGAGACGGCUAGACUGUGCAUUCAUGUGGCCUGUCGAGCAAUCUGGGCAAGGUUGAAAGACCACUACAUGAAGGCACCCAGCAUGUCUGAAUGGGCACAGAUUGCCGAUGGGUUCACCGCACAGUGGCAGUUCCCAAACUGCUUGGGAGCAGUUGACGGAAAGCAUGUUGCCAUAGUUGCUCCUCGGAAUUCUGGCAGCUUGUACUACAACUACAAGGGCACCUUUUCAGUUGUACUUAUGGCUGUUGUCGACAGCAACUACAAGUACAUACUGAUAGAUGUUGGAGCAGAAGGCCGCCACAGUGAUGGCGGUAUCUUCCAGAACUCCACCUUUGGAAGAGCCCUCCUACAAGACCGCCUCCCUGUGCCUGCAUGUGCUCGACUGCCAGGAACAACAGGCACCAUUGCGCCUUUCACUUUCAUUGGGGAUGAGGCAUUCCAGCUGCGCACCAAUUUUAUGCGCCCGUUUCCGGCAAAACAGCUCAAUGAUGCACGAAGAGUGUUCAACUAUCGGCUGAGCCGAGCACGGAGGUGCGUGGAAAAUGCCUUCGGGAUCACGGCAGCCCGGUGGCGCAUACUCCUCCGAACCAUCCCUUUGAAGCCUGAGAAUGUUGACUUCGUCAUCAAAGCAGCAUGCAUCCUGCACAACUUCCUGACCAUCCUGAAUGCUGAUGUGCAUCAUUUCACAGACAGCGAGGACAGUUUUGGGAAUGUUGUGCCGGGGCACUGGCGGCAAGGCAUGCCAAGGGAUGGCUCAGAGCAGAGCUACUUCCCACUCCGUACGACACGUGCCAGAAACUUUGAAGCUAAGGCUGCAGAUGCCAGGAAUCUUCUAAUGGCAUACUUCUGCAGCAGCGCUGGUGAGGUCCCCUGGCAGUGGCACCAACCUGGUGUGUCAAAGGAAGCAGCUGUGAAGCAGCUCCAUGACCUACGGCUACUUCCGCUCCAGUGAUAUGUAACACUUCCCAACGUCCCUAGCUCUGCCUGCUGAAGACUGCCUGCUGAAGCCAGCGACGCUUGUGAUUGCGGCCUGCUGUG